AUGAAAGACCUUGGAUCUUUUAACUACUUUCUUGGCCUUGAAGUCUAUCGACGCUCGAACGGGUAUUUAUUGUCUCAAGCUAAAUAUGCCUCUGAUCUUUUAGUUCGUUCAAGAAUCACUAACUCUAACAUAGCUUCAACGUCAUUAGAUCUCAAUGUUCAUUUGACCCCUUAUGAUGGUGUUCCUCUUGAAGAUGUUAGUCUGUAUCGGCAACUUGUUGGCAGUCUCAUCUAUCUAACAGUGACCCGCCCAGAUAUUGCAUAUGUUGUUCAUAUCGUUCGUCAAUUUAUGACUGCUCCUCGAACCAUUCAUUUUACUGUGGUAUUACGUAUUCUUCGCUAUAUCAAGGAAACUUUGGGGCAUGGACUUCUGUUUUCUUCUCAAUUCUCUCUCGUAUUAUCUGGCUACUCUGAUGCAGAUUAG